AUGCCAAUAAAAUCCCCCUUUGAGUCGUGCAUAGCGAAGCCAGGAGAGGGCAAAGUUGUCCUCUCCCUGCUGCCACCUUCGAAUCCAACCCUGACAACCCUGACCUACAAAUACCCCCUCAAACUCCUCACCCGUACCCCGGGUUUCGUUCCCAAGUCCUCGGCGCUCACCUGUCCCUCGCAACCCGUGCACCUCUACCUCCUGACCUACGGCGGCGGUCUUCUGCCCGGUGACAAGAUCAAUGUCUCGAUUACGCUCGAUCCGCGGACCCGAAUGGUGGUGACCACCCCGCAAGGGAGCACCAAGAUUUUCAAGACCGAGCCCAACGCCAGCGUCAAGGGCCAACGCGGCACUCCCAAACACAUUCUUUCCGACAAGAGCAGUCAACACCUCACCGUUCACGUUGGCCAAGAGGCCGCCCUCUGUUACCUCCCAGAUCCCGCCGUGCCCUACAAGAACAGCCGCUACGAGCAGGUGCAAACAUUCACCAUCGAUGGGCCCACCUCCAGCAAAGACCCUCAACGCAGCAGCCUGUGUAUUCUGGACUGGGUGACGCAGGGCCGUGCCUCGCGCGGAGAGGACUGGGACUUUCACCUUUGGCGCGGCAAGAACGAGGUCUGGACGACUGAUGAGUCGGGCAAGAAGAAGCUUCUCCUUCGCGACUCGCUCAUCCUGGACCGCGAACUCGACGAGGAUCAGCUGGCUCAAGAGCCCGAGCUCCUGGCGCAGUCCAAUCUGAUCCGGGAACGAACGUAUCCGCACGGUGUUGUGGGGACAUUGAUCCUCUACGGUCCCGUAUUCGAGAACCUGGCCAACUUCUUCAUGAACCGGUUCACCUCCCUGCCGCGCAUUGGGGCCCGCAAUUGGUCCUCCCCAACUGUGUGCAGUGGCUCGGCCGCGACAGAGCCCGCUCCCAACUUCGACUCCCAGGUGACCUUCACAGCGGCUCGGGUCCGCGCCGGGUUCGUGCUAGUGAAGUUCGGCGCGCCGGACUUUGCCGCGGCCAAGGACUGGUUAGGUGCAAUCCUGAGGGAGGAAGGCACGGUCUACACGGAGUUUGGCGAGGAGGCAUUAUUCUGCUUGUGA